CUCCAGGUCAACAAACGGUCUCUAAUCUGAAGAUAUAUAUGAAAUUUAUUUCAUCGUGCAUCUAUAAGUCAGCUAAAUCUCAACAUUGGUGUCGUUGAUAAUAUCCUUCAGAAAACGUUUGCUAAGUUUACUGUGCGAUCGAGGGACGGAUUGCGGUUAAUGAAUCCCUAGCGUACAAAUUGCGGAGAUAGCACCAGCUAUGGAGGUCGACCAGGAAGGCGAAGCCUUAGCAACUCAACAUCAGGAUGCUGGAAAAGCGAGUAGAUAUCAAAAAAGCGACGAAGCGAUGGCUGAAGAUGAAGCUGAACUGUUAGAGACUGCCGCCCACGAAGCAUCUGUAAGAACAGGCACGAGGGGGUACCCGAGUAAAAGACCCAUUCAGUGUGAACAUUGUCCUUUACGCUUGUCCAAUCGGCAAACCUAUCUCAAACAUCUUGGCAGAAGGCACCCAGAAAAACAACUCGAUCAGCUAUGUGGGGCCGUAAAGAAGUGGUACGCUUGUGAAGAAGCUGGAUGUGACGUUAAAGUCCGAAGUCGAGAGGAACUGCUGCACCAUCUGGGGAAGGACCAUGAAUGGGAGAUCAAAGAAGUGACUGGGACAUUCGAUACAGAGGAUGAGUUCGAAAUUUUCUUCCAACGAGUCCAAAAAAUGUAUAAAACUCGCUUCGUAUCCCGACAUGGCAAAGUGAAUGGCGUCAAACGCUUUUAUUGUAACCGAGAGGGGGCUGUGCGAGUUAAAAUGGAGGAUCGGACGCGAGCGCACAUCAGACGGGGUACCUCCAAGAUUGGAACCUUCUGUACAGCUCAUGCCAUUGUCAGCUACCAUGCGAACGGUCAAGUAAGCAUAAUUGGAUCCGUUACGCACUACAACCAUGAGCUGGAGGGUAAAUACUUACCUUUACUAGAAUCAGAAAAGAAUUUUAUUCGUUAUCACGCGCAACUGGGAAUGAACUGCAGGGAGAUUCUCGAGAUUCUACAUAAGACCGUUGGAGAACUGGACGAGGAUGAUCCAUUGCGCUAUGUUGACUACAAAACAAUCCGGAACACACUAGAAAGAGGAAAAACCCUUGAACAAAACAGACAAUCCGAGGCGAGCAAUGGUGCUGAUUUGGGAAACAUACAGAUGCUUACUAAAAUUAAUAACUAUCCUCGAGAAAAAAGCCAUCUUGAAUCAGCACCGACAAAAACCUUAACUAAUGAUCGAACCUCAACAGUUUUCUCAGAUAUUGUGCUAGAGCAUACCGCAGCGAUCAAUAAUGCAUUUGAUAUUGUGCAGACGGAUACACAUCAGUGGGGAGUUAAACGGCCAGAAGGCAAGGUUUGCCACCGAGUGACUCGUGUAUCGGACGUGUGUCCUGCGGAAGUCCGAUUAGAGGUCCCUUGCGACCUGAUAUGCAAGCUUUGCCAGUGCUGUUCACAUUUGUUCAAGUGUAAUUGCGGAGGCGCCACAAAAAUCGGGAAAAUGUGCAAGCACAUCCAUGCUGUAGUCCAGUUUAUAAGGGACUAUGAAGCACAAAAGGGAGAGGGUGAACAAGCGGAGGCAUCAAAACGUGUGUUGCAUCAGGUUGUCGGUGAGGAAUAUUUAGAGGCCCAAGAGGUGGAAGAAGAACAUGGACUCUUGGAUUCGUAUAUUGAAGAAGGCGUCGCUGAUAACGACAUGGGGGCUGCGUCCAAACGGGAAGAUGCAGUCGUAGCGAACGCAUCGUAUACCUUGCAGGCUGAAGACGGGCAGUCUGGUUCCGUGGGCAAUGGACAAAUUUUGACGGUCAUUAACGAAGCCCAUGAAGUUGCGGAUACAGCUAUUGAGACAGCUGCACAUGCAUCGACGGGCGGAGGCGGGACGCUAUUCCAAACAUAUGAAAUGAUACCAAAUGGAACGGCCAUUGCUGUAGCCAACGGGGCAUCUGGUUGGCUGACUGGGAGUGCCGUGCUAGCUCCAACUGAGCAGCGACUUAAUCCUGAGUAUGAACAAUUUCUGGAACAAAUCACGAACGGUCACAAUCAGCUGCACCAAGUUGCCAAUCCUGAGAAUAUUCUACAAGCGAGCACUAUCUUCCAGCAGUUAAAGACGCUUGUCAUCAAUGCUGAUACGCCGAAAAUCAUAAAGGGCUGAGAGGGCGAGCAUAUCUCACACGUUGAUUACACUUGUUUAUAGAGUAUCAGUAGUCAACAUCAACGUAAUUUUAGUAACUUGAGAAAAUUAUCGAAGCCGAGUGCAACGUAGUCAAAUUUCAUGAACGUGAAAAAUAAUGUGGAUAAUCUAUACAGCGUAAUUAAUAAAGACUCGCAUAUUGAUGUGUCGAGCGUUUUGUAUGAGUAGUCCUUUAAACAAUAAUGGCACGGCUGAUGCAAGUCUGGAAAACGAUGGGCAGAGCAUUUUAUGUCAUUACUAUUUCCACCUACCUUUCAGCUCCUUUGCGAUAUACAUAUAUAUAUAAAUCUUUUCCCGUCAAGCU